CCUCCGCAUGCGACACUUGACACUCUACUCAAGCGUAUUUCGAAAAAUCACGAUCUCAACGUCGCUCCUUUCACGCGCCUCACAAAACGCGUGCCGCCCUCGCCCUCAAUCUCACCCGCUUGCGAGCGUGUCCAGCAUCAAACAUCGCUGCCUGCGCAAGAUGGCUUCGUCGACAGUUCCACUCAACGAGAUACCAACCUUGACCCUCCUCUACAAGCUCAACAAAAUCACUCCCGCUACCGAAACAGCACCAAAUGCGACAUCAAAGUUCAACGACAAGAUAUCCCUGAUCCAGACCGACCUCACAAAGCUCCAAGUAACGGCAAUAGUCAACGCGGCCAACGAAAGCCUGCUCGGAGGCGGCGGUGUCGAUGGCGCCAUUCAUCGCGCAGCCGGACGCGAGCUUAUCGAAGAGUGCAGGGAGCUGGAUGGAUGCGAUACUGGCUCGGCAAAGAUCACAAAUGCGUACGGCAGACUGCCCUGUAAGAAGGUGAUUCACGCUGUGGGACCAGUGUACAAGCGCAAAGGCGUAUCAGUCGAAGAUGGUGGAAACGGCAGCAAUGAGAGAUUGCUGCGUGGCUGCUACAAGACGAGCUUGGACCUGGCAGCUGAGCAUGGCUUGACAAGCGUUGCGUUCAGCGCGAUCAGCACAGGAGUGUAUGGCUACCCAAGCGAAGAGGCGGCUGAUGUGGCUCUGCGUACCGUGAAAGAGUGGCUCGAGACGAACGAAUACGCAGAGAAGAUCGAACGCGUUGUGUUCUGUCAGUUCCUCGACAAGGAUCAGGACGCGUACGAGGAGUUGGUCCCGAUAUACUUCCCACCUGCCGCUUCUGCAGAUUUGAAGACAGUAGAAACAGCGGAGUUGGAGGGGAAAGAUACGGCUUCCGAUGAAGCAGCAGAGAAGGCCGACAUCCCAGAACUUCCAGAAGUGCCAACGAAGGAACCCACGCAGCCUGACGAGCCCGAGACUAAGAGACAGAAGCUCGAUGAGAAUGCCAAGGUUUAAGUCGACACCGGAGCGCCCGAGAGACGACAUAACGAAUCAUGAUUGAAUGAAUAUGAGAUGACGAGCUGUCUGGAGAACGCAGCUUUGCAUGAGCGAUGCAUACUUAGAUACCCCAUUAGCGAGCGAUAUGGCCCACUGGCAGACUCAGCUGGAAUUUUCAUUUGUCGACAAGACGUCCAGCUUGAGAAUCAUACCAGAUAGUACUUGAGAUCGUGUUUCCAAUGAAUCGAAUUGAGUUUGGCCCAAAGCGAUCCAUCGCCCGACGAGACUAUACAAUUGUACAAUGGUUGCGGAGAGGAAGACAAGAUAGCGCACAACGCUGAUGUUCAUUGUUG